AUGGCUGCUCUCAACAAGAUCGCGGCCAACAGCCCUUCGCGGCAGCAUCCCUCCGAGCUCGAGACUGCUAUCGCCGGUGCUCUCUCGGACCUGGAGGCCAACACCCCAGAUUUGAAGGCUGCCCUCAGACCUUUGCAGUUUGUCUCUGCCCGUGAGAUCGAAGUUGGCCACGGAAAGAAGGCAAUCGUCAUCUUCGUCCCAGUCCCUCUCCUCCAAGGCUUCCACAAGAUCCAGCAACGCCUUACCCGUGAACUUGAGAAGAAAUUCUCCGACCGCCACGUCCUGAUCAUCGCCUCCCGCCGCAUCCUGCCCCGCCCCAAGCGCUCCUCCCGCUCGCGCACCUCCCAGAAACAGAAGCGCCCCCGCUCCCGCACUCUCACCGCCGUCCACGAUGCCAUCCUCACUGACAUCGUCUACCCUGUCGAGAUUGUUGGCAAGCGCCUGCGAACAAAGGAGGACGGCAGCAAGCUUCUCAAGGUCAUCCUGCACGAGAAGGAGCGUGGUGGUGUCGACCACCGCCUUGAUGCAUAUGGCGAGGUUUACCGGAGAUUGACGGGCCGUGGUGUUCGGUUCGAGUUCCCCCAGAGCAGUGCUACAGAGUUUUAG